AACUUUCAUAUUCAUGUAAAGCGAGUGAGCCACAGUCCACCGCGGGCUGCCUCGGUGUUUACAUGCUGCAGAUACGAACACAUAAACGUGAACGGGGGUGGGCGGAGCCGCGGGACCGAACCGACUUUAGUUAGUUGGGGAGGGAGACGACUUUCACACAGAACCACAGAGGGCCGCGCAGCCUGCUCCACUGGACUCAUCACCACCGUAUUAUUCUCCACAUCAUGACAACCACAGCUCUGGGUGACAUUGUACAAGCUGGCUUUACAAUAGCUCAGUAUCAACUAGCCAGUAGCCUAGUGACCCAGUGCUUACCCAGACUGAUCCUGCCUUGCCAAACGGCUCUGAGGCUGGCAGCUGCUAACUGACUGACAGAGAGAGGCAGGAUGAAGUGCAGAGAACAUGACGGAGGGAAACGCACUGUGACUUUCUAAGAGGAGAGGGAGUAAGAAGCGCUGCUGUGACUUUAUAACGAGAGGGAGAGGAACAAUGUCGUAGAGGAGGAGGAGCUGCUUGAACAGAGCUGAGCGGCCUACAGGGCCACUGUUGACAGGACUGGCCCGGUUUACUGCUGCAGGGGCCGUGACGCUCCGUAUUCCAGCUGUUUCUGUCGGAAACCGCUGGGGGAGAUUACUCAAGAUGCACACAUCUGCUCUGGACAACAGUUAAACGGCGAAGGCGAGCCUACAGCUGCAGCAUCAGAGAAGGACCUGUCUGUCUGUGCGUGUGUGUGUGUGUGCGUGUGUGCGCGCGCGAGCGAGAGAGCGUGUGUGUGUGUGUGAGUGCGUGUCUGUGUGUGUCACCAUGAGUCUUGUCUCGGGCUUCCCUCACCACCCGGUCAUGCACCACCACGACAGCCAUCACUACUCCUUGCAUGCUGCGACUGCCGGUCGGUGUCACGAGGACACCGGGGCUCCUCCUUACUUUACGAGCUGGCUGAUAAGCCACGCGGAUAUGUCCCCCACUGAGUAUAGCCUCGCACCCGGUUACAGCCCUGAGUACCAUGGCAACAGCGGCGGCGGGUCCACCGGCGGCCUGGACCCCCACCAUCACCAUCACCACCACUACGGGCCCGGAGGCUUGGUUCCGGGGGCCGGCACGAUCUCUGUGAACGGAGCUACGGUCGGUAUGCACCACCACCAUCACACACAUCCUCGGACCGUGAAGCGGAGACCCACGGCCAACCGGAAGGAGAGGCGGCGGACCCAGAGUAUUAACUCGGCCUUUGCGGAGCUGAGGGAGUGUAUCCCCAACGUCCCGGCCGACACAAAGCUGUCCAAGAUCAAGACGCUGCGGCUGGCCACCAGCUACAUCUCCUACCUGAUGGACAUCCUGGACAAGGACGGACAGCAAGGGGACACACAGGCUUUCAAGGCCGAGUUGAAAAAGACGGAGGCUCGGGAGGAGCGGAGGAAGAGAGAGGCGGUGGAGAUCCCCAAGACAACUUCAUCAUCAUCGUCCUCCUCGUUGUCCUCCUCAUCAGCGGGCGAUAAGAAGAGUAAAGGGCGGACAGGGUGGCCUCAACAUGUCUGGGCUCUGGAACUCAAACAGUAGCGCCUCCUCUCCUCAUCCUCCUUAUCCAGCUCGGCCCUCGCGCAGAAAGGACGGGGACAGUGCUGCUGACCCGCUCUGAUGAACUGUCACUGGCAGCCAUCAUCGUCAACAUCAUCAUCAUCAUCUCUCUGGACACUGACACUUCCCACAGAGCGGCGGAGAGAAACGCGUUUAAGCUCCGUUCACCUUGCGAUGGUGAGGCGCGAGAACAGUGACACUUAACUGUUUGUUUGCUUAUUGGCUGGAGCUCCUGAUAGAACCGAGGCUGCAGCUUCACACACACACACACACACACCUUUCAUAAGCAAAGACGCUUUCUGUGGCUUGGUGCUGUGUAAGGGUUUACAUUGAGCCCUGGUUUCCUCCUUAAAUCUUACCUCGGGAAAAAAACAUCACAAAUCACUUUUUUUUUUAAUGAAAGAUUUUAAGAAUAAUUAAAAACUCAAAAACACACGCGCGUAUUUACAGUCACCCGAGCCAUCAUUUCCCAAUAAGAACGAACAUAUUUGGUGUCAGUGGGAGGCUCAUUUCAAAUAAAGCCUGUGGGUUUGAACCAUAUUUGUGCGUCAGAGACAGAGCAGCUGGGCGGGGGUCGGCGGGGUUAAACCAAUACAUUAUCUAUAACGUUUGACCUCGUGAAUCAAUAGGAUCCACUGUUAACAUUCGUCCGCGCGCCCUCGCUGCAUCCGCUCCUCGCUGAAACCUCUCAAAGGAAAGAGGUGCGACUUAUAGAUGGGAUGGCUCUUCGCUCUCGUUCUACCCCCCCCCCCCCCCCCAACACCAACACUCACACACUUACACGCGGGGUGUUGACGCGUGCCCUCUGACUUAUUUAAUGGAAUAUAUCUAUGUGCAAUGUGGCCGAGGACCAAACCAGCCGUCCCGCUGACUGACAACAAGCUGUCUUCUGAUUAACGACAAGGUGUAUGUGAAGCUCUCUCUCUCUCUCUCUCUCUCUCUCUCUCUCUCUCUACCUACCAACUUUGAAUUUGUAAAUGUAGUGACGUCACGGCGCUGACGGCGUGUCCAUGUUGUGGUGUGGAAACAUGUGGUGGGAGGUCUGAAUAAUACUUAUUGUGGGAUGUAAACAGUGUCAUGAAUAUAAUAAACCACCACCUGGUGACAUGGUAAUCGAUGCAAACUCCAUCUUCCUUUGAGUCCGUCAAACUGAGUCCUGUUCACGUUCGUCUGGGUGUCAGAGUGACUCAGAAAUAACAGGGAUGGAUGUUAUCCACUGUAGCUUCAGUGAGCAUUUUAAGAGGUAAAACGCAUCAGUUUUAAAGUUUUGAAAAAAUGUUACUUUCACGUCUUAACGAGAAAUGAUUCCACAUUCAAACAGAAUCACUCAAAAUAUAUCACAGUCGUAUAAGUAGUGCAUAUUAAAAGGAUAUCAGGUGUUGUACUGAAGGAAGAACAGAGAAUUUAUUUUUGGUGUAAUAUAAAUCAUGUAUAAAUAUUAUUCUUUCUCUGUUUUUUGUCCCUUUAAAUUUAAAUUAUAGUUAUAUUCAUAAAUGAAAUUCAUUCAUAAUUGUUUUCUCAGCUGAUAAUAACUUCAAAUGAAGGGUUUCACCUCUGUGUUUACAACUAUUACUGGAGCACACACACAUUGAACUCCACUGGAAAACAUGAAUAACUUGAACUACAGAUUGGGCCUUUAACUACAGACAAUAUCUUCAUCUCUGACCUCAGGUUUGCAGUGGACUGUGUGGCAGUUUAAAACACUUCUGUUGUCAAUUUCUUUGUAGGCAGGAAUAUAUCUAAACAUAAAACGGCAUUUAAAGGGAAAUUCUGUAUUUUCUUUUGUAUUUUCCUGUCAGACAGCUUCACAGUAGAAUGCAUGAGGAAACCACAAGGUCAGAUGUUACUAUUACCCAACCCAAACUGUGUGUGGGAAACUUCCAUCAGCUCUUGUGGACAGUUCCUGGUUCGUCUUUGAACUUCCGUAUUUAUCAUAGUUGUGAUGGAAUUUUUGUUUUCACAUUGAACUGGGUUAAAGUGAGGAUGUGUAAGAAACCUGUUUGUGUGCGGUGUUGUCAUGACAUGAUUAUGAAGAAAAGUACAAAAAACUAGAUCAAGUCAUAAAACAAAGCAUUGAAUUCA